GUACUGAAUAGGUACAAAAUGGAAGCAGUUGGGAGCUUUGUUGAUAAUGUUUAGUUUCAUUAGGAAGGAGAUUAGACAUGACCGACGAGUACAACAUACAUUUAAAUCUUUCAGAAAUAUGCCGACUUUGUCUAACUCACGAAGGAGAAAUGUUGCCAAUCUUUGGUAAUAAAACUGGCGUCGAAGUUCCACCCUUACCAGUGAAAAUCAUGACUUGUGCGUCAGUUAAGGUAGUACUUGGAGACGGUUUGCCAGAGUUAAUUUGUCACGAGUGUGCACUUCACGUUGAUGGUUGGUACAAAUUUAAGAAGCAGUGUCAGAACUCAGACGCCACUCUGAGACAAUACAUCAGUAGACAACAUCUGGAUUCAGAAAAUGAUGGCGAAGAGGAUACUAUUAGAAGACUGAGGAAAAAGAGCAAGCAGACAACUCCUUUUAUCCAUAGACGAGCAAUUGCUGCUGCUAAAGAAGCUGUUGCAGCAGUAGCCAGAAAAAGAAGUGCUGAAACAAGAAAGUUCGUUGAUGAUUUGACUGAAAAUUAUGUGGAGGAGGUUCCUGUGUAUCCAGACCUUCCAUGUGAGGUGAAGAUGGAGGGUGGAGAUGAUCAAAGAACUGACUUACUAGAUGAAAAUGAACCUGAAAGCAACUCUGAAUUUUUACCCAUUCUUCCAGUCAGUAAGGGUUUUCCAUGCCAUGUUUGUCGCAGAUCAUUUUCAAGCAAAUCGUACCUACGAGACCACCAAGCUGUACAUUCAGGAGAAAGAAGAUUUUCAUGCUCGGAAUGUGGCAAAGCAUUCUAUAGUGACCGCAAGUUGGCGUUACAUGUUAAAACACAUUCUGCAGAGAGACCAUGUCUGUGUUCUGUUUGUGGAAAGGCAUUCCGUGAGAAGAGUGAUCUCAAAAAACAUUUCAGGCUGCACUCAGAUGAAUCACCAUUCCUCUGCAAUGUUUGUGGUAAGACAUUCAAGACUAAAUUUUACCUAACACGUCAUUUAAUGAUUCACUCGGGAGAGAAGAGACACACAUGUGCUGAAUGUGGAAAGGCUUUCACUUGGCGAGACACACUUAUGGCACAUGCAAAAGUACAUGCUCGGGAACGUCCCCUGGCCUGUAGUGUGUGUAGCAAAGGUUUCAAGAGGAAGGAGGACCUGGUGCGUCACAUGAGAAUACACACGGGGGAGAAACCUUUUGUAUGCCCUUAUUGUGAACGUCGUUUCUCUGAUAAGUGGAAUUUAACUCAGCAUGUACGUCUGCAUACUGGUCAAAAACCAUAUGUGUGUUCUGUCUGCACUCAGGCCUUUACACACAAUGUGACUCUGAGGAACCAUGUGAAACAACAUCACCCUUUAGUGUAAAGUGUUAUAAAAGUAUAGCAGAUGCACAUCCUUCAUUAAUAGUGGCUGAUGAUUAGAGACCGGAUUUUAAUGCAAAUGCAUAUUUCUUUCUUGCAACCAGAAAGUAUGCUCGUUUGGAUAUAUGUAUAAA